AUGCAGGAGACGGUGCGCGUGAAAGAGGAGCCAGAGUCAGAGGAAGAGGCGCAAUGCGAGUUACAGAUGGACGGACACAUUAAGGUAGAAAUAGAGCUUGAACCACUGCGUGUGAAGAUCGAGCCUUCAAGCUCUGAAAGAAUACGCAGUGACCAAGGGCCUGGGCUGAUUGACCGUGCUGAUAUAAAAGAUGAACCCGUGCUGGGACCGGCAGAAGUGCAGCAUGAGAAGAUCAAGCCAUCUUGCUCUUAUAGAGUGAGGAGCGAGCAAGCUGGGCUGAACAAAAUUGGGAUAAAAUAUGCACUAGUGCGUGUCAAGACCGAACCAUCUUGCCAUGACAGAGCGAGCAGUGAGCGAGUGUCUCCGCUGUAUGCCAACCAUGAAAUAAAAGACGAGCUCGUGCUGGGACCGGAAGAGGUGCAGCGAAAAAGAAAUGAACAUGCUGAAUCGAAUUCAAUAACUGUGAAGAAGGAGCAUAAAGAAGAGGAAACACACAGGGAGCAAAAUCAAGCGGAACCUAAUUCUUCUGAUAUCCAAAAACCAUACUCAUGCAAAAUAUGCAAAAAGCAAUUCAAGCAAAAAUAUUAUUUAAAGAAACACAGAAUAGUACACACAAAUGAAAAGAGCUUUUCGUGCGAUGUGUGCAACAAACAGUUUUCUCGAUCGUAUACUUUAAGUACUCAUAAAAAAACCCACAGCGGCGACAAACCCUACUCUUGCGAUGUAUGCCAAAAAACUUUCAAACUAAAGUAUUAUCUAAACAAACAUAAAAUCAUUCACACCAGUGAAAAGAACUUUAAAUGCGAAGUAUGUAACAAGGUGUUUUCGCGUUCGUUUAAUUUAACUACUCAUAUGCGAAGCCAUGAAGUUGAAAUGACAUACACAUGCGAUACAUGCAAUAAACAGUUCAUGAAGAAAGAUAAAUUAGAAAAUCACAUAAAAAACGCGUGCAAAACCCCGGUAGAAAAACGCUUCUCGUGCGCAAUAUGUAAUAAGCAUUUUACACGUUCGACGACUUUGACUAUUCAUAACAGAAUCCACAGUGGCGAAAAACCAUAUACAUGCGAAAUAUGUAAGAAGCAAUUCGUGCAUUUCAGUGCUUACUUAUGUCAUAAACGUUUCCAUACUGGCGAGAAACCUUUCCCGUGCGACGUAUGCAAAAAACGGUUUAGAUAUUUGGGUGAUUUAGUUAAGCAUCGACGAAUACAUUCAAAUGAAAAGCCGUAUUCGUGCGAAGUAUGCAAGAAAGAGUUUAAACGUUCGUCUACUUUGACCAAUCAUAAGCGUAUUCACACAGGGGAGAAACCGUAUGAAUGUGAAAUUUGUCAAAAGCGGUUCGCACAGUUGGGUCAGUUGAGCGCUCACAAACGAGUUCACAGCGACGUGAAACCACACUUUUGCGAAGUAUGUAACAGACAGUUUGGACAGCUGAUCCAAUUGAAAAGACAUAGACUAACCUAUAACCACGUGGAGAAUGAACAACUGUGUUAAUUUAUU